AUGGCUGCAGCAUGGAUCCUAGUGCUGGGGACUGCGGUGUUGGGCUUGACCACAGCAGGCCCUGUCCCCACUUCUAAGCCCAACACAACUUGGAGGGGCUGCCACAUUGGCACUUUCAAAUCUCUGUCACCUCAGGAGGUAGAAACCUUCAAGAAGGCCAAGGAUGCCUUGGAAAACUCACUCUCCCAGAUAAACUGGAGCUGCAGUUCCCGCUUCUUCCCCAGGCCCUGGGACCUGAGGCAGCUGCAGGUGUGGGAGCGCCCUGUGGCCCUGGAGGCUGAGCUGGCCCUGACACUGAAGGUCCUGGAGGCCGUAACUAAUGAGGCCCUGAGGGACGUCCUGGACCAGCCCCUUCACACACUACGCCACAUCCAGUCCCAGCUCCAGGCCUGUGGCUCGGCUCAGCCCACAGCAGGCCCCAUGCCCCGGGGCCGCCUUCGGAACUGGCUGCACCGACUCCAGAAGGCCCCGAAGAAGGAGUCCCCUGGCUGCCUGGAAGCCUCUGUCACAUUCAACCUCUUCCGCCUUCUCACCCGGGACCUGAAAUGUGUUGCUAGUGGACACCUGUGUGUCUGA